UACUCGGAUUGUGCGCUUCGUUCGCGAUCACUGAAUGUUUUAUUAAUUUCAUAGUUUUUUAUUCUAAAUGUAAAGUAAAAUUUGGAAAAUGCGUUUUUAUUCAGUUAUCUUUCACUUUUCAUAAUUUCGAUUGAAGUGGCGUCCAUCGCAAACUCUUGCGAUGGACGUACCGGACGAGAGUGUAUUAGACGUAGAUUUGUUAGCUGACGAUGGUUCAGAAGAAGAAGGCGAAGCGCAGCCAUCAUCAGAUUUCUACUUAGGACCUGGGUCUACGCCUACAUCAUGCGCGUCGUCACCACGCGGGGAGGAGCCUGCGUCCCCGGCUGGGACAAUGUCACAGCCCUCGUUCUUCCAUCCCUACACCCGCCCAUUCUUUACCUCUGCCCGUCGAGGCCCAGGCAGGCCGAGAAAGGAAGGCCCCAAGUUGACUAAAGAAGGCAAAAUUGUCAGAAGAUAUCGGGCUAACCCUGGGUCUGUCCGUGGUGCUAAGCGACAUCGCGGCAGCCGUGAGGACUCAUUGGAAGAUGUGAUGGACGAGGACGACUUCACCAUGCCUGCGCCAGAGGAACCACCUUUCAUGCCUGAGAAAUGGCCAGGAAAACUAUGCGCUCUUUGCAACUUAAGCGAACGAAGCCAGCUGGGACAAGGCGAAAUGCGGCAGAUCCUAUGCAGCAUCGAGGGCGAGACUGGCCUGAACUCUGGCGGGGCCACGCCCACUAACGUCCCCACUCCCACUAGUACCCCCACCACCCCUGUGCCCGCAGGGUUGGCAUCCCCUCCACCUGAAAUGGAGAAUCAGCAACAGUUGGCAUUACCGCUCAGCCGGAGGCAGAAAGCAUUCAAUAAGUGCAAGACACCUUUAUUCAAUAUGGAACACACAGAUGAACUUUCAAUAAUUGGCUAUCAAGAAUCUCUAGAGCUCCCUGGUGUAGUGUCUUCCGGGGCCUUUUACCUUCACCGUUGUUGCCUAGAUUUCAGCCCACCAUUCCAGGACCAGGUGGCAACUGGAUCUACUUCAGAAGAAGAGAAGGAAUCACUAGAAGAUGCGAGGAUAAGAGGAAUUGUAACCACAGCAUUGCAAAGAAAAUGUGCCUUUUGCUUAAGAUUUGGUGCUAGUAUACCAUGUAAAAUGAGCUGCAGUAAAUAUUACCAUCUGCCGUGUGUGUUAGCGUCCGGCGGUUUCAUUGACUUUCAGACUAAAUCUUCAUUCUGCAAGGACCAUUUAUAUCAAGUGCCACUUGUCUGUACCGCUGACAUAGAAUGCCGAACCUGCCACACCAUCGGCGACCUCGCCAACUUGAUGACGUGCGUGACGUGCGGGGCGCACUACCACGGCACCUGCGUGGGGCUCGCGCAACUGCCAGGAGUGCGAUCUGGCUGGUCGUGUCGCACGUGCCGCGUGUGUCAAGUGUGCCGCGGAGAGGCGGCCACCACCCCGGGCUCCGACUGGCGAGCCGUGACGUGCGAGCAGUGCGACAAGUUGUACCACGCGACUUGUCUCAGGCCCAUGAUGGCGACUGUUCCCAAGUAUGGUUGGAAGUGCAAGUGUUGCCGCGUGUGUUCGGACUGCGGAGCGCGGUCCCCGGGCGCGGGCCCGUCGUCGCGCUGGCACGCGCACUACACGGUGUGCGACUCGUGCUACCAGCAGCGGAACAAGGGCUCGUGCUGCCCUCUGUGCCGCCGCGCCUACCGCGCCGCCGCCUACCGCGACAUGAUACGCUGCACGCUCUGCAAGAGGUAUGUGCACGGGAUGUGCGACCCAGAUGCAGAACCGCUACAGCACAAGCAAAACAAAGAGAAGAACCCGGGUUAUGAGUACAACUGCCCAAUCUGCAAGAACCAUAUGCAGAUGACUGGCACGAAGGCUGGCUCCUUCGAAGAUGAAAACACCGCGUCAACAUCACAAGAUUCGUCAUUCGGUGACGAGAAUUCGCAACAUGAACAAGAUCCUCUCGCUAUGGAAACCGUUACUAAGUCCGACGUCGGCCUCGGCAAAGGCAAACCCUACAACGUGUCAUCGAAAAUAGCUAAGAAAAAGAUGGGCGGUUACAAAUUGAAGGGCGGAUUCCCUCCGGCCGGCAAGCUUGGGUUCCAAAAACGCCAACGCUCAGUACUAGAGUUUGGUAGAAAACGCGGCUCCAAGCCAAAAAUGCGCGGCGUAUUUGGAGUCCCAGGGUUAGGGCUGCAGAGACCCCAGGCCCCAGAUAAUAAGCUACCGGAGGACGAUCCCGGAAUGGAAAACAAACUUGUGUUGUGUUCGAGCAAAGACAAGUUUGUGUUGACUCAAGACUUAUGUGUGAUGUGCGGCGCCGUCGGAACUGACUCCGAAGGGUGUCUGAUUGCGUGCGCGCAGUGCGGACAAACCUAUCAUCCUUAUUGCGUUAACAUCAAGGUGUCGCAAGUGAUAGUGACGCUCGGCUGGCGUUGCCUCGACUGCACCGUGUGCGAGGGCUGCGGCAACCGCGGCGACGACAACCUGCUGCUGCUGUGCGACGACUGCGACACCGCCUGGCACACCUACUGUGCGCGCCCGCCGCUCAGCGAGGUGCCGCGCGGUGCGUGGCGCUGUGAGCGGUGUCGCCGCUGCCUGACGUGCGGCACCAGGGAAACCAAAGCUUGGUGCGACAAUUAUACAGAAUGCGCCCCAUGCGCCUCCCUCGUGAUAUGCUGUGUAUGCUCCGAGCCGUAUUGCGACGGGGAACUCAUCAUUCAGUGCUUCAGUUGUAACCGAUGGCUGCACGCGAGUUGUGACUCUAUACGAGGCGACGCCGAUGCUGAGGCUUGCUGUCGACAAGGAUACAAAUGCGUAAUGUGUCGCGGGCGAGAUAUUCCGCCUCCACAUCUAGCGAGAGCUAUAGAAGCUGCUCCCGUCACAAGCACAACAAGCAUUAUAACGAAUCCUCGACCGACUCCGCGACACACUGCAAUGUCGCUCGGCCUCGGCGGUGAAUACUACGUGGACGACGUAUGUUUGUCGCAACGCGGCGCCCAUCACAUGAAGCAACUCGAAGCGGACCUUGGCAUCACACACACGAGACGGAAACGACGCUUCAAGAAUGAGAACACGGAGAAGGAUGCUGAAAUAAUGGCAUCUAUUGAAACAGUGGUUCAGAACGCCGACGUCGAGAUGGCCGACGACUCGAAGCCGGACAGCACCGCUGAGGUCAAAGAAGAACCCGGCGUAUCAACGAACAACAACCUCAAAGAAGGCACGCUAUGGAACAUAGCGAACGACGGGCCACCUCCCGAAGGCUUCACGGUGUACACAAUAGAGUCUGGCCUCACGGUGUUGAGAAGAAAGAGACAGAGGAAUCUCAACAAGCUGGGCAUUGGCGGGUUUGUGGUGCGACAGAGACAGAGCAGCAAGGCGCAGCUCGACGAUGAUAAAGAUGGCGACGGCACACAGGCUGGUGAAUCACCAGGCAACAAGCGGAAGCCUCGUCGGAAGCCUCGUUCGAAGUUGAUGGAGCAAUUCCCGUCCUACAUGCAGGAGGCUUUCUUCGGCAAAGACCUGUUGGAGCCGAUCAAGCCUUCUGUCAGUUCUACAGGAAACCCGUCAGAAAGCCCAGGCGGAAGUUUGCGGGCCCCCACUCCUGAGGGAUACCGCGAACUGAGGGACUUCAAACUGGAUCUAGACAACUCCGAUACGGACGGAGAGGACGUGCUGUCUGCUCUGACUGUGUACAAUGAGCAGGACACUUCUUAUGUCAUCACACUCAAUUCUGAGGAAGUUGAACUUCUAAACUCUCUAAAGCCCAAAGAAGAGAAAGACGACUCAAACAAUACGGAAGUAAAAGUAAAAACUGAACAUGAAGACGGUAACCUCAAACAUACUGAAGACUCCACGGCACUGAAGAACGCCAUACUUGGCCCACAACCCGCUGAACCGGAGCAACCUGCAGACUCUGUGCCCACAGAGCACAGCACCAAAACUGAGCCCGUUGGUAGUGAGACGGCAUCAUCGCAAGCAUCGACAAUAUCUCCCAAGGACGAGCUGUCUCUCCUAGGCGUGAACCUGGACGCGAUGGUCCGCGACACGCUGCCCGAUAUGGACAGCAACGACGUCGACGAGAUAUUCAAGGGAGUUCUCACUGAUGACUCGCAGGAAUCUCAAGAAUCAUCUGUGUCGUAUGUGAAUACCAUGGCGGGAACUCCGUACUCACAACAAAGGCAGCAGCUUCAAAGUCCGAUGGAAUACUCAUCGCCUUAUCAUAACGAAUUCGGCAGCAACAGCAGCAGCGCACUAAGCCCCCUGCUGGAGGGCGGCGCGGCGGCGGGCGGCGCGGGCUGGGAGGCGGGCAGCGCGCCGCCGCCCUCCUACAACCAGCGCAGCGCUGAUAAGAUGCGGGCCGAUGAGAGUCUCGGCUCGGCAGCGACAAUAUCUGCUGUAUUAUACGCCAACACAAACCACCCAGAAUGGAAGACUGACUUCCCCAACUGGGUGGAUCGUUGCAAGCAGAUCCUAAAGAAAUGGCGCGCUUUGCCUUCCGAACAAAAAGCGCCGUAUCUUCAAAGAGCAAGAGAUAAUCGUACAGCGAUUCGUAUGAAGAAAGCGCAACAGAACACGAGUGCGAGUGCCCCCGAGCCCGAGCCUGCCAGCCCCGCGAGCGCGCCCGCGCCGCCGGCCGCCGCCGGGCCGGAACAAGAACGGGCUUGCGGCCAACAGCGAAGCGCCCGCGAGGCCGAACAAGAGCGGCAAUGGAAACACCUACAACAACAACGACAACAACAGACGCAACAACAACAGCAGAUCAUACACGAUCAGAGGGUGCAAGCAGCGAUGCAGCGUUUACGUGCUCCAGACAGCCCGAGCGGCCCGCCCGGCGUGACGGCCGAGGCGCCGCGGCAGGCGUUCCCCGCGCAGAGGUUCCCCAUACAUUACAACAACGAGGAUAUCAACAGGCAGCUCAGGGAUCUGCUGCAGAGGCAUCCCGAGAAGAUGUGGCCACCGCAGGCGGGGUCAACGGAGAGCGGCGCGGGGGUGGGCGCGGAAGGGCAGCCGUUCCGGCAGCCGCUGCCCGUGGGAGUGCGGCCUAGGGUUCCGCAACCCGGGCAACUAAGGCCUGAGCAUCAAUUGAUAAUGCAGCAACGUCUCGUGUUAGCUGAAGGUGGACAAAUACACCAAAAUAUUGCAGCUACACAGCAAGUCAUGGAGCAGAAACAAGCCAACGCGCAGACCAAUGCUCCUGGAAAUGAACCUAAACAAGAGCCGAGCCAUGAUCAUGGAACUGAUGAAAUGGAUAUGGGAGAUAUGGAGAAACUUGAACAGGAUACUGGAAACAUUGGAGAGGUGGACAACAUUCUAACAGGGCUCGGUGGCGAAGAUGACGAGGAGCUGCUGGAGUCUCUAACUGCCGAGAUAGGAGAACAGUUCAAUAUCUUGGAAUAUGCGGACCCAGAGCUCGAUAUCAACGGGGCAGAGUUGAAUCUGGACGGAUUGGAUUUGGAUAUUGUACCUGAGAGACAUGCCAAGAGGGAACCUCAGGACGAAGGCGAAAAGCAAGACAACAAAAUGGACACGGAAUUACAAAAGGCGGUGAAAAACAUAGAGGCUACUAAGACGCAAGUGAAAGCUGAAUUGGAGGUGAAGACCGAAGUGCAGGAAAUGAAGGACGGCGCGCCCGCCGUCGGGCACAUGUUCCCCGACGGCGUGCCGCGGGUCAUAUCGCAGAACCAACAGAUUACGUUGCAGUCGACAAUUCAAGCAAUAAAAUCGGAGGUGAAACUAGAAAACUGGCGCGGCCCGCGGCUGCCCACUCAUCUGGCGAGACAUCCACAACAUCCGCAGCAUCCGCUCGCGGCACAGAGGUUGCAACAGCCGCAUCAGCAACAGCUCGGCCAACGAGUACAAUUCGGCGCUGGCGGACAAAUUAUAUCUCAACAAGUCAUACAGCGCCCGCAAGUGUUCGCUUCGCAUCAACAUAUGCAGCAUUAUACGCAGCAGGGUGGAACUACCCAAGGCUCGGUCCAAAACGCGGCCGCGGUGAACGCUCAAAGCAUCGUGAACGCUAUGACUGCUCAAGUGAACGCCGGGUUAGCGGCCGGCAGGCAGAUACAGCCGGGCAAGAAGAUGUUGGGCAGAGACGGGGCCGUGGGCGUGGUGAGGCACGACGGCACCGUCACUCUCACGUCUCUACCGCACUGUGGUGAGUGUAGAGUGAUCGGACAGAUACAGCCGGGCAAGAAGAUGUUGGGCAGAGACGGGGCCGUGGGCGUGGUGAGGCACGACGGCACCGUCACUCUCACGUCUCUACCGCACUGUGCCGGCGUGCCUGCGCCGCCGCCGCCGUACCCGGGCACGCCGCGCGCCAGCCCCGCGCCGCCCGCGCCGCCCGCGCAGCCGCCGCCGCCCUACCCGCAGUUUGAGCCGGACGCGUGGGGGGACUGGCUGCAUCGCCGGCCGCUGCUGCUGCAGGAGCAACCGUUGCUUCUGGAGGAGCUCCUGGAGCAGGAGAAGCGCGAGCAGGAGCGCGAGGGCGGGGAGUGGGGCGGCGCGGUGCCGGCGGCGGCGCCCGCGCCCGCCGCGCCGGCCGUGCCGCUGUUCAGCGCCGCGCCGCCGCCGCAGCCGCCGCCGCCGCCCGAGCGCGCGCUCACCGAGGCCGACCACCACGCGCGCCUGGUCUACGAGCACUGGCUCAAACAGUUCAACAGCUUCGCCACGCAGCAGCAGGCCUACUACGAGGCCGAGGUGCAGAAGCUCAGGAAGAUACGCAAGUCGUUGAAUAGCAAGCAACGUCAACUGCGGAAGUCCGGCAAUGAAUUGAUGCCGAACGAUGCCGCCGAAUUGCUUCGUGUAUCCACGGAACAAUCUGCCCUUCAGAAGCAUCUCGACGCUGCUAGAAAACAAGUACGCCAGCACGGAAUGCUCAUGCAGGAGUACGAGACGAAGCAGCGACAACAGAAUCCUCAGUUAGCACAACAAACUGUUAUAAACCAACAACAGAUCACAACGAACCAGACGAUCUUCCAAUCCAAUCAGAAUAUGCCACAAUCACCUCAAAUUCAACAGCAAACUAUAAACAGACCCAUGCAGUUAGGAAUACAAGGGGCAACGAUUCAACAGCAACAAACUUUGAUUCGUACGCAGCAGACCGUUUUGAACGCUGACGGACAACCGAUGACGCAACAAAGGAUAGGUCUAGUGACCUCACCGUUAAAUACUCAAGGAAGGCUUCUUCAAGGAGGUCGUACAUUAGUCAUUGAGCAGGCAGGGACGCCGCAACAGCAGCUAGUGAGGCAGCUCUCAGGAGUUCAAGAACGAGCACAGACUGUAGGCGGCAUGGUGCAGUUCAGUCAGCAGCAGUUGGCUAAUGUCCGCGGCGCAAUGCAAGCCGCCAACGCCACUCCGAGACCGCCAGGCUCUAGACCCGCCAUGUCUCCGCUACACGUUCAAUCUCCUCAUUCUCAAUCCCCGUUACAUUCGUUAGCGCCUCAGUCGCCCCUCCAUCAUCUGACUUCGCCCAUGCAAUCUCCUUUGCAUUCUCAACAAUCACCUUUACAUCACACGUCUCAAUCUCCUUUGCAUUCUUCGACGCAAUCGCCUCUUCACACGCAACAAUCUCCGUUGCAUUCCCAGCAGUCGCCGAUGCACGUGCAACAGACGAACUUGCCGCAGCAAUCGCCGAUGCACCAACAGUCGCCGAUGCAUCCCCAACAGUCCCCGAUGCAUCCCCAACAGUCCCCGAUGCAUCCCCAACAGUCCCCGAUGCAUCCCCAACAAUCGCCGAUGCAUCCCCAACAAUCCCCAAUGCAUCCCCAGCAAUCGCCGAUGCAUCAACAAAGUCAGAUGCAUCCGCAACAGUCGCCUCUACACACACAACAACAACAACAGCAACAAACUCAAAUUCAAACGCAACAUUCUCCAAUGCAUCCGCAACAGAGUCCUUUGCACUCUCAACAGUCUCCGAUGCACCAUCAGCAGUCGCCGUUGCACACGCAACAAUCGCCGAUGCAGUCGUCGAUGUCACCGCAACACUUCUUGCAACAGUUGCAAGCGCAGAGAACUAGUCCGCAGUUGCCGACGCCAAGUCGCAGUCCUCAGAUAUACCAACAGUCACAAAUACAAAGCCCUGUGGCAUCACAUUCGCCGCAGUUACAUAAUGUUGAUUACACCACUGGAAGGUUCUCGAGGCCUGCGCCUGGUUGCUCGCCUCUGCCGACUCGAUUUGCUAGGCAACAACAACAUCACCAGCAAGGAAUGCGGGUGGGCGUACCGUUUGGUAAUCGGCAACAAACGUCGCCGCUGGGUAGUCCUCAACCUUUGCCGUCACCUGGAAACCCAGCUAAUGAAAUGGCUCGACAGCAAAUGCUUCAGCGCCAACAGUACAGCCCGAUGGGCGGCGCGCCCGCGUCCCCGUCCCCGCGGCGCUCCCCGCAGGUGGCGCGCACGCCCACGCCGUCCGCGUCGCCCGCCGCGUCCCCCGCGCCCGCGCUGGACGGCGGCGGCGGCUCGCAGCACGCCGCGCACGCGGCGCCGCUGCCGCCCGGCUACCGCUACUGCCGGCCCGGCCUGCGCGGCGGCGCGCCCGUGUGGCCCGCGCGCGACCCCGACGCGCGCCGCCCGCCGCCGCACAUCAACAAAGUGUCCAUCCUCAAGCGGCGCACUCCGCCGCGCCCGCGCUUCGCCGGCAAGACGCCCGCGCCGCCCGCGCCCGGCGACGCCGAGCCGCCCGACCGCCGGUACCUCGUGUACGGCGACGCCGAGUACUCCGCCUCCUCCGACCCCCGCGCCUCCGACCGGGACGACGACGAUGACGGGGACGACAUCGAGGAGCACAUGGAGGAUGACGACAUCGUCCUCGUGGAGCCCGGCGUCGUUUCCCCUGAGGAGAGAAUAGCCACCGAGGAAGAUUUUGAAGAACUAAUUGAUAGUGGCAAACCGGAAGACGAGGCGGAAGAAGAAACGGCAUCGCCCCAGACGUCUACUCGCACCGAGACGGCGACGAAAACUGUAGCCGUCAUCAGCUUGUCGACGGGGAAGCAGCCAUCGGGCAACGUGCAGCAAUAUAAAAUUAUGAACACGUCGUCGAGCGCGCCGCUCUCGCGUCUACCCGUUCUGAGCGCGACCGUUCUCUCCCCGCAUUCCAAUACUAAAAUAUUAAAUGAAGUCUCCCAAGCGACUGUCGCUUCGGUUUCUAUUGCGAACCAAACGAUAUCGGUUCCAGUAUUGAAGAAUCUCACAGUUCCUAUAAAUAGCAAUGUAGCGAAAUCACAAUUAAAGAAAAUGCCACUGAAUUUAAGUAACACUCCUCUUAAUAUUGCUUUGUCUUCGGCACCUCCUCUUUCUAAGCCGAUGAGCUCUGUAAUAAGUGUCAUAUCUCCUAAUGUUCCGAAAGUAGCUAAUAUCAGCCCAGUAAUUUCAUUAGCGACCUCUAAUACUGCUGGCACGUCAAGAGUACCAGUCUCAUUAUUAACUCAACAUCAAGUCAAACAGAAAAUAGUUAAAACUAUUGAUAAAUCCAUGUCUUUGACACUGACAAACACUAAGCUUUCAAGUCUGUCUGUGACCCAUGAUGCUACUCUCCCAGCAAAAAUAUUCCAAGAUGAAGCUGCGUCCCCCGAUAGCACGGUUACUUCAGAAAGUAAUUCUGAUCGCGAAUUACAAAAUCCGACGACAUCGACUCCUCAACAUCUUGUGCAACAAAUUACUCACGAACAAAGACCACCUAUCAUCAAAGAAGGAAAUAAAGAUAUCGACAUAGAAACUGAAAUAAGUCAACAAACAGAACUGCCACAUUCGCUUUGUAUCACUGAUAGAACUCCGUUAUUAUUAGGUAAAGCUGAUAUCAAAAGUCCAGAUCCAAUUCCAGAGAAAAUUCCCGAUAAUAUCAUGGAGGGAGAUGACGAGGAUAAACCAGAAGAUAAUAUGCAAGCCAAUCUAUUGCUGUCCUACAAUAAAUCAAUAUCGGAACAGCCUAGUCAGAAUACGCCCGCAACGGAGUCCAAAACAGAAGAGAAUGUUGUUAAAACAAUAAAGGCUAUUGCUAAUCAGACCAAAGAGAUGGUCAUAGACUCUAACAUGCAAAUCACAUCUGACAUGGCGCAAGAAUCGGUUCAAAUUUCUAUCCCGUCGCCCACCCCUUCUCAAGAAAGAUAUUUAAAUGACAUCACGAUGCAAGAUCAUCCUGAAACUGUAGAAGGGAAUACUAAACGAGUAGAGACGAUAGAAGAUAUGCUCUGUAUACUAGAGAAUAUCGAUGAAGCUAAAACGUAUGGAAUGAAGCAGCCAAAUCCAAAAGCGGGCAAUCCUUCGCAUCCUUCGACUUUGCCGGCUAUUCAGAAUCAAAAUAUAAAUAUUCCACCGAAACAUGAAAAUAAGGAAGUUCAUGAACAAAUUACAUUCCAGAAAAGAGAACCUGAUAGAUUAGCUUUACAGUCGGCAACUGUACCUCAGUUAUCACCAUUAUCACAUCCUUCAGAAUUGACGUCUAAUGUGGCUAAUGUAUCGCAGCAAUUGCGCACAAUAAUGUCUUCGCUAAAUACAAAUGCGUCAAAAGUAGAAUCUCAAAAUACACCAUUGAUUAGGAAAAACAGUGACGCAACGACACCUACUCAGGUCAACUUUGAGAAUUUAUUGCCUUCUUCUAAAGUUGAAGUGGCUGCUUCUAGACCGUCUCCUGUUCAACAGAAACCUCCGACACCAAUGCAGAGUUCUGAUAAUAUACCUAUGAGUGUGGCACAAAUGGUUGGCUCGCGCCUCAAUACAUUAUCUUCAUUAGGUCAAAUGCGAAAAUCCCCAACAGUUUCACCUAUAAACUCACCCGUAGGCAUGCCAAGUCAAUUAAUGAAAUCUCCCGCGCAAUCUCCCCUGAUAACAAAUCAAAACUUUAUGUCUACAGAUGACUCGAAUCAAACCUCCGUCGCAUCUCAAAUUAUUCAAAUGCCCGCGCUAUCGAAGAUUCAUAGUAGCAUGCCCACUUCUAUGAUGCACUCGAAUACUGUAACAACUAGCAUGAGUGGUUUUCAGAAAACCCAAGUCCUUCCAACGAGUAUAUUAGGUCACACAUUACUUCAACCUACAAGGCAAAUAAGUGCUGGUAAUUUGUCAUUCAAUCAACAAGGAAUUAGCUCCAGCCAACCUCCAGCUUUAGUGAUGACGUCGAGGCCAUUAAUAGGGAAUAAAGAACCAGCACCUAAUGUUACCAUCAGAACUCACAGUAUUGUGAGCGCAGGGAUUGGCCAAAUGCAAGGGCAAAUGCAAGCCAAGACACCUACUGGUACGAUUAACUAUAUACAAUCAUCAAAAUUGUUACAUACUCAGCUAACUUCACCAUUAAAGAGGUCAAAAUCUACAGAUGAACCAAAAAGUGAUCUAAUCGUGGGUCAUAUACAACCUACGAAAAGGCAUAGCGUGGAAUCUGUUGUAGUUAAAUCGGAACCGAUGGAGACAGAGGAUGCUAAUGCGGCAGCUGCGGCCACUGAUAGUGCGGGAAACAAACUGCCACAGAAUUCAGGAAACCAGAGGAAUGAUGAAUCUCAAAACGUGUUACUGAAGCAGCUUCUCCAGACCUCUACAACAGCUGCAAGUGUUGUUCCACAGCGUACGAUGACUAUUCAAAGAACUGCUCCCGCAUUGGGAACUAUACCGUCAUUAGAAGCGCAACUUGCUAGGCCGUCGAUUCCACCACCCACAUUAGCUUUGUCACAAGAAGUCGAAAUCCCUAAGAACUCGCCCCGGCAAAUUACAACUGUAAAUUCACCUUUUACCUCUCGCACGAUGCAAACAGUAAUGACAUCUAUUCCAACGUCGUCUAUAUCUCCAUUGAUGCACACGUCGACUCAAUCCUUGAUGGAUGUUCGGAAACCAGCAAUGAAAAUUAUGACCAAGGAAGAGACGACGCCUAUUCCAGAAAGCUCGCCAACUAUGAAAACAAUGCAGAUGUAUCCGAUUAGUAUUGAGAAUCAGCAGCUCCAGCAAGCUAUCAAAAAAGAAAUUGCGCCUCCUAUGCAAAGCCCAGUACAUAGACCUUUUACUCCUUUAGAUGUAAAGAAAGAAUUGAUCGAUGAAAGUUCGCAGCAGUCGGCUACGUCUGGCGUGUCCACUGCUUCGGAUCAGGGAAAAAUGGAUCAACCAAUGAAGGAGGAAUUCCCAGAAAGCGUUACUAUGGAUCCGUUAUCGGAAGCGAAUGCACCAGAGACUCCUUCUGAAGCAAAGAAACGCAAACGAAGGGAGUAUCAACAAAAGAAACGCAAACAAAUGCAAAUGAGUAUGAAAGCGGCCGCAGAAAGCAGCAUGAAUGCAGCCAACGCUAAAAAGAGGCCGCGGAAAGGGUCUCGAUAUGAGGAAGACUAUGAUACCUUUAUCGAUAACUUAAUGGCGCAGCUACGGUUGUUGCCACCUAUGCAAAUACAGGAGCCUUCAUUGACAACAAACUUUGCAGUAUGCCCUCUUUUUGGCUCUGGAGAUUUAACUAAACUAAAGAAUAAAGAUUACGACUUCCUAAAAGGUGAUUUAGUAGGAGAGUUCGGCAACGCUAAGAUACCUAACGUAGGUGAUUAUUACAAUACGAAACCGUUCGGUGAAGAAGAACCUUUACCCGAAAAAUCAGCAACUUCAACUCAGAGAGGAUUUUAUGAUCAAGAAUUUCAACCAAUCAUGUUCGAUGAAGACUUGGAAGAUAAAAAGUUGGAUUUCAUUUGCAAAGAACGAGAUACAGAUACACCUGACAGUAUUGUUAGUUGUUCGAGUCCUGAGUGUCUAGAAUUAGAACCAGCGAAUAGAUUCCCAGGUCUCAAACUAAUCGAUGAUGACGAAGAAGAUGAAGACAGUGACACAGCAUCAGGUCGAAUAUCGCCUAUAAUACCUAUCAUAGCUCCUGUACCCAUCAGAGUAAAACCUGUCUCAUUAUACCUACUCAAAGAAGAAGAAGAUCAGAAAUCUGUAAAGACUGUAGAUACAGGUUCUCCUCUUAAACCAAAGAUGAUAGAUUCUCCAGGCAGUACGGAAAGCAAUGAAAAUGUGACUGUCACUCUAACGUUAACAUCGGGUGCUGCUGAAGAUAUUUUGGGCGUACUAAAGGAAUUGGCGGGAAUUUUACACAUACCACCCCCUACAGCUUACCAAAUAAUAGAACGAACUGCAACGCCGCCGUCUCAUAAAUUAGGAUUGUAUAGAUCUAAAGGCAAAGACGGAAAAGAGGGAACUCCAAUAGAUAUUCAGAGCAUUCUUAAUGGUGCGGCUAAAUUCUGUCGGCAUUGCGACGUCGUGAUAUUGGACUCUGUUGUAAGAGCAAAAGCUUCAGAAUUCCCGUUGCUCUCAGCCAACAAAGGCAAUGCCGAAGAAAUUCUAUGUGAUAGUGAUUCUGAAUUAUUUUUCUGUAGUACUCAGUGUUAUGAGAGAUUCGCUUGGAGACCUACCAACAUAAUCCUUGAUGGGAAAUCAAAGCUUACAGUGAAAGAAGAUAGCAAAUCAGAUAUUGACACAAAUUUAUCUAAAGACCGCGACGAUUUUGAUACUGCCUCUACCGAAAGUAUGGAAACUGAUGAUUUAGACAUAAAACCUGACAUAAAGGACGAGAAAAUGGACUUGUCGUUCAUAGAUUCUCUAGACAAUGACGAGCUAAUGAAGGAGGUUGGAGAUGACGUCUCAGCUCUAGACGAAGACUUGAAGAGCGUCGAGCAAGACGAGAAGAGUAACCAAAGUACCGAGAAAGAGAAAUAUCGUGGGAUCAGAUACAAGGCUUGGUCACCGGGUUGUAUCGGCCCGCCCGCUAAAUAUAAGCGGCCAACCGAUAGGGAGCUCACUGAACUGGUGUUUAGGACAGGUGUGGCUAUCAUGCCUGUGACAAAUGAAGAUUCGAGGAGGUGCGAAUUGUGUGGUAUUCAAGGGGACGGGGUAGCCGAUGGAGUGUCGAGACUUUUGAACUGUGACGUGGAUCGUUGGGUGCAUUUGAACUGUGCGCUUUGGUCUGAAGGGGUUUACGAGACCGUGAGUGGAGCGUUGAUGAACGUGGAGACUGCUUUGGCGAACGGUUCGAGUGCUGUGUGCGCCGUUUGCAAGAGACUGGGCGCGACCGUCCGCUGUUUCAAAGUGAGAUGCGGCAGCGUGUACCAUCUGGGAUGCGCCGUUAAAGAUAGCUGCGUCUUCUACAAGAACAAGUCUUGUUUCUGCGCUUCACAUGCACCUAAAAAUGAAAAAGACAACGAACUGACCACCCUAAGCGUCCAACGGCGAGUGUUCAUAUCCCGAGAUGAACAGCGGCAAGUUGCUUCAGUGAUGCUUCAUUCUGACACCAACCACCUGAUCAGAGUCGGGGGCCUGAUAUUCCUGAGUCCCGGACAUUUGUUACCGCACCAACUAGCAGCCUUCCACACGCCUAACUACAUCUACCCCAUUGGAUAUAAAAUUGUGCGGUUCUACUGGUCGACGUCGCGCGCCAACAGCCGCUGCCGCUACGUGUGCUGGAUCUCGGAGGCGGAGGGCCGGCCGCGCUUCCACGUGCGCGCGCAGGACGAGCCGCAGCCCGAGCUCAGCGCGCCCACGCCGCGCGCCGCCUGGGCGCAGGUAUUGGACGCAGUAGCAGCACUGCGCGAAGGACGCACUGAAGACGGCGUGCUAAAGUUGUGGCCCAACUACGUCACGGGAGAAGAUUUGUUCGGACUCACUGAACCCGCCGUCGUCAGGGUCUUGGAGAGUUUACCUGGCAUCGAGACGCUGACGGACUACCGCUUCAAGUUCGGGCGGUCGGCGCUGCUGGAGGGCGGGCUGGCCGUGAACCCGUCGGGCUGCGCGCGCUGCGAGCCGCGCGCGCGCGCGUGGCGGCGGGCGGCGCGCUCGCUGCUGCCCGCCUCGCCCGCCGCCGCGCCCGACGCCGCGCCCGCCGCCUGCCCCUACUCCAAGCAGUUCGUGCACACCAAGAGCAGCCAGUACAAGAAGAUGAAGUGCGAGUGGAGGAACAACGUGUAUUUGGCCAGGUCGAAAAUACAAGGUCUAGGUUUGUACGCGGCGCGCGACAUCGAGAAACACACAAUGGUGAUCGAGUACAUCGGAGAGAUCAUACGCUCGGAACUGUCGGAGAUCAGGGAGAAACAGUACGAAUCUAAAAACCGCGGCAUCUACAUGUUCCGGCUGGACGAGCGGCGCGUGGUGGACGCCACGCUGAGCGGCGGGCUGGCGCGGUACAUCAACCACUCGUGCCAGCCCAACUGCGUGGCCGAGACCGUGGAGGUGGACCGCAACCUCCGCAUCAUCAUCUUCGCCAAGCGACGCAUCGCCAGGGGAGAAGAGUUGGCUUACGACUACAAAUUCGACAUAGAGGACGACGCACACAAAAUAAUGUGCAUGUGCGGCGCCCCCAACUGCCGCAAGUGGAUGAACUGAACUGACGACCAUAACACUGUAUAUACUAUCGUGAUCUAGGAAGGCUAUGAAACUUAGUUGUAUGUACCAAAGUGAUUUCAACCUUAUUGUAAGCAAAUCAAUACUUAUAGAAAUAAUAACAAUGGAUUUCGGCUAUAUGGCCGACUUAUCCCAAGACAAUAUUUAAAGUUUUACAGAUAUCUGAUUAACUGAAAUUUUUCUAAUCUAUAAAUGUGAUCAUACAAGAAUAAGUGAACACAUUUUUUUUGUACAUAAUAUUGAUAUAUUAUAAAUCAUUGUUAUUACAAAAGUUUAAUGUUUUAGAUGUGGUAUUUUCCAAGUUUACUGUAAGAUUUAGUUUUUAAAAUAUUUUUAUGCACUACGAAUGAUUUGGGUCACUGUUUCACAAUUAUUUAUUGUUUAUUUCGUUUCGUUCGUGUGUUGUCAUGAUUUCUAAAUUAUUAUAGAUCCGAAUACUUAUAAAUUCGAUAUUUAUGACAUAGUAUACUAUAGAAAAUCUCAACAGUGAUGAAAUAUUAGGUUAAGUUUCCAAAUAAUGAGUUUGCAUUUAGUACGCGUAGCACUGUAGACGUAACGUACGAUGCCACGUUGUGCCUGACCCGUUUUGUAUGUGUAGUGUAGCACUACAGCGAACUCGCCCGUUACCGGCGCCUCGUCUAGUUGUAACGUCUAGCGAACGAUUCCAUACUUGAAUCGACUGAUUCCAUACCGAAUGACUCAAUUUUUAUAUAAAAGAUAUAUUUUCAUUUCAUGAAAUGUUUUGCUUCAAAUUUUAUUGUGUAUAUUUUUUUCCGACAUUUAUAGAGUCGUGCUCAAGUACGGAGUAGUUCGCUUUUUGUAGGUAGUAUAAUUUAUUAAAGUAACUGAUAGUCCCAAAUGUGAUAUUACCUCACAUAAAGUCGCGUGAUCUUAAUACGUGGUGGCCAUUGUAGAGCUACGAUUAGUCGGAGUUAUUUUUAAUGGAGCGUGUCGUAAUUGCGAUUAAAGGCAUCGGUGUGAUUUUAGGAAGCUAAAUUUAGAGCAAAAUAUUAAAUGGACGAACACAACGUAGGUGAUUGGUGUGACAUGUUUAUAGACAAAUUGUAAAGCGAAAAAAAUGAAAUAAUAUUGAUAGCACAAGGAUGUUAGUUGUUGUGAUUGAUCGCAAGUUGCCAUCUACCAAUGUUAUGAACUCAUGCAAUAUAAUUUUAAGUGUUAAAGUGCAAUACCAUAUGCGGAUAUACCUAGUGUAAAUAAUACCAACUGCAGAGUAUGUUUUUGAAUUUGUAAUCGAGCUGUAGGUUUAUAUAAAGUUUUAAUUAAUGCAUUAUUUUUAAUUGAGGUAUCUCAUUUCCUUCAAUCAAUUUAUUUAUUAAAGCAUUCCCAUUGCACUGAAAAGUUACUCAAUUAUUUUCACAAAAUAAAUUUUGACAUGGUGUUGUUUGUAAAAAAAAUACUUUAGAAAUAUUCUAUACAUUAGUAUUUUUAUUGCAUUAUUUUCCUAUCAUUAAAAUUUUAAUUAGUAAUAA